ACCAAAGACAUUCAAAAUCAGUUCUUCUCUUCUAAUGGUUGUAACAGAAUGUUUUAACUGUGGAGAUCUGCACCUCCUUUUGGUCUCCAUGUCAAGCCUUUGUGAUAGUGUGUAUUCCGCAUUUUCCACUGUCAGCCUCUAGCUUUUCCAGUUGGUCCGGAGCUUGUCGGGUGUCAUGGAGAGCUCCGGGUCCGCUGAGCCGAGCAGAGGGCUGUUCGAGGCCUGCAGGAGCGGAGACCUGGAGCGGGUGAAGAAGCUCGUGUGUCCGGAGAAUGUAAACAGCAGAGACACUGCGGGCAGGAGAUCCACCCCACUGCAUUUUGCUGCGGGUUUUGGCCGUAGAGACGUGGUGGACUACCUUCUGCAGCACGGAGCUAAUGUGCACGCCCGAGAUGAUGGAGGUCUCAUCUCGCUGCACAAUGCCUGCUCUUUUGGUCACGCUGAGGUUGUCAACUUACUCCUGCAACACGGGGCCGAUGCCAACUCCAGAGACAACUGGAAUUACACCCCACUCCACGAAGCUGCAAUCAAGGGCAAGAUCGACAUCUGCAUUGUUCUACUGCAGCAUGGUGCUGAGCCAACGAUCCGUAACACCAAUGGAAGGACAGCGCUUGACCUCGCUGAACCCUUCACCAAAGCUGUACUGACCUGUGAAUACAGAAAGGAUGAACUCCUUGAGAGUGCAAGAAGUGGAAAUGAAGAAAAUCUGAGGAUGCUUCUCACACCGUUAAAUGUUAACUGUCACGCUAGUGAUGGGAGGAAGUCCACCCCUCUGCAUCUGGCUGCAGGAUAUAAUCGUGUGAAGACAGUGCAGCUGUUGUUGCAACAUGGAGCUGACGUGCACGCUAAAGACAAAGGUGACCUUGUGCCUCUUCAUAACGCGUGCUCAUACGGCCACUAUGAGGUAGCUGAGUUACUUGUCAAGCAUGGUGCCUGUGUCAACGCUAUGGACCUGUGGCAGUUCACACCUUUGCACGAGGCAGCUUCGAAAAACAGGGUGGAGGUGUGCUCGCUCCUGCUCAGCUACGGGGCCGACCCCACCUUCCUCAACUGCCACAACAAGAGUGCUAUCGACCUGGCCCCAACUGCCCCUCUAAAAGAACGCCUAGAGUAUGAGUUCAGAGGGCACACUUUGCUGCAGGCAGCACAUGAAGCUGACAUGGCCCGCGUUAAAAAACACCUCUCCCUUGAGACUAUCAACUUCAAACACCCUCAGACCCAAGAGACAGCUCUGCAUUGUGUCUCCACGUCGCCCUAUCCCAAGAGGAAACAGAUCUGUGAACUGCUGCUCAGGAUGGGAGCUAACAUCAAUGAGAAGAAUAAAGACUUCCUCACACCUCUGCAUCUCGCCGCUGAGAAGUCCCACAAUGACAUCAUCGAGGUGCUGGUGAAGCACAAGGCGAAAGUGAAUGCGGUAGAUAACCUGGGCCAGACAGCGUUACAUCACGCGGCUCUCUGCGGCCAUUUGCAGACCUGUCGACUGCUUCUCAGUGCUGGAUGUGACCCGCUCCUGACCUCCCUACAGAGCUUUUCGCCCUCCCAGCUCGCCAAUGAAAGCAUUCAGGAGAUACUGCAAGAGGGAGCAUCUACAAUCAACUCAGAUACAGACAGGCAGCUGUUAGAAGCAUCCAAAUCAGGUGAUCUGGAAGUUGUAAAGAAGCUCUGUACUCUUCAGAACGUGAACUGCAGAGAUGUUGAAGGAAGGCAGUCCACUCCUUUGCACUUUGCAGCGGGAUACAACCGUGUAGCUGUGGUGGAGUAUCUGCUGCAACACGGAGCCGAUGUGCAUGCUAAAGACAAGGGUGGUCUGGUGCCCUUACACAAUGCUUGUUCCUAUGGGCAUUAUGAGGUUGCUGAGCUCCUGGUCAUUCAUGGUGCUGUGGUUAAUGUGGCUGACCUCUGGAAAUUUACACCACUGCAUGAGGCGGCUGCCAAGGGCAAAUAUGAGAUCUGUAAACUGCUGCUUCAGCAUGGUGCCGACCCUACCAAGAAGAACCGUGAUGGAAACACUCCACUGGACUUAGUGAAAGAUGGAGAUACAGAUAUCCAGGACCUGCUCAGGGGAGACACAGCACUGCUAGAUGCUGCUAAGAAAGGCAGCUUAGCUCGGGUUAAAAAGCUCUGCACUCCAGACAACGUGAACUGUCGAGACACGCAGGGGCGCCACUCCACCCCACUGCACCUGGCAGCUGGCUAUAAUAACCUGGAGGUGGCAGAAUAUCUGCUGCAGCAGGGAGCAGAGGUGAACCCUCAGGAUAAAGGUGGUCUCAUUCCCUUACACAACGCUGCAUCAUAUGGGCAUGUAGAUGUGGCCGCUUUGCUCAUCAAGUACAACGCAUGCGUCAAUGCCACAGAUAAGUGGGCAUUCACCCCUUUGCACGAGGCGGCGCAGAAAGGCAGGACCCAGUUGUGCACGUUGCUUCUUGCACACGGGGCCGACCCCAUGCUUCGCAACCAGGAAGGCGAGUCGCCGCUGGACCUCGUGAUGGCAGAUGAUGUCCGUGCCCUCCUCACAGCUGCCAUGCCCCCCUCGGCAUUGCCGGCUUGUUUUAAACCCCAGGUGGUCAGUGUCUCCACCUCUUUGAGAGUGGUGCCCUCAAACCUCAACUCAAGCUCCACACCGCUCUCUUCAAACUCCAGUUUGGACAGCCAGUCCGGGACCUUCUCAGAGUUGUCCACAUAUCUGGGAACUUCUGGGGCUGAAGGGGCAGUUGGCGUAGAGACGAAAGAAGAGGGUCUAGGUGUGGAUUUGAGUAUCAACCAGUUCCUUCACAGCCUGGGUCUAGAGCACCUGUUGGAAAUCUUUGACAGAGAGCAGAUAAAUCUGGACGUCCUGGUGGAAAUGGGACACAAAGAAUUGAAGGAGAUCGGCAUCAACGCUUACGGACACAGACACAAGAUCAUCAAAGGAGUGGAGAGACUGAUGAGUGGGCCUCAGAGUUUAAACACUUAUUUGACCUUGAACACGAGCAACAGUGGAACAAUACUGAUAGAUUUGUCCACAGAUGACAAGGAGUUUCAGUCGGUUGAGGAGGAGAUGCAAAGUACCAUUAGGGAACACAGGGACGGCGGCCAUGCAGGGGGAAUUUUCAACAGAUACACUAUUGUGAAGAUCCAGAAGGUAUGCAAUAAGAAAUUGUGGGAGAGAUACACCCAUCGAAGGAAAGAGGUUUCUGAAGAGAACCACAACCAUUCCAAUGAGCGCAUGCUCUUCCACGGGUCACCGUUUGUAAAUGCCAUCAUUCACAAGGGGUUUGAUGAGAGGCAUGCAUACAUAGGUGGAAUGUUCGGUGCUGGGAUCUACUUUGCAGAGAACUCUUCCAAAAGCAAUCAGUAUGUUUACGGAAUCGGAGGAGGAACAGGGUGCCCUCUACACAAGAACAGGUCAUGCUACGUGUGCCAGAGGCAUCUUCUGUUUUGUUGUGUGACUUUGGGGAAGUCCUUCCUUCAGUUUAGUGCUAUGAAGAUGGCCCACUCUCCACCAGGACACCAUUCAGUCACUGGCAGGCCCAGCGUCAACGGCCUUGCUCUGGCUGAGUAUGUCAUUUACAGAGGAGAGCAGGCUUAUCCUGAAUAUUUGAUCACAUAUCAGAUCAUUAAACCAGACGGUUCUUCAGAUUAACACACAGGAGCUGCUGGCACAGGCCAAUCCGCUAGAAACACACUGAUCUUUCCAUGUUAAAGGAGAGAGACUGCUAUGUUUACUGCAUGCAUUUAUUGAUACAAUGUAUAAUUUUCUUUCUUUGCUGUCUGGAUUCGCCUCAUUUACAGCACCUUAAUUAUCAAAUCUACUGUAAAGUCAUUUCUGUGGAUGCAACAGAUCUGACCAGUUUAGUCACUAACACUGGUUUCCAAAACCCUUUUCUUAACCUAUCAAAAAGUCUACGUAUUUAUUUUACAAAUACAAAUUGUAUAUGUGUUUUGUACUAAUUAAUUUAUUGAUGUUUUUAACAUGAGAGUUCUAUGCCUGAAAAUCAACGUAUAGUAAAUGUAUGCUAUUAUCUACUUUUGAAGGUUACUUGGUGGCACUAGCCCAAUUCAGAACCAUCCAGAAUGCUGUAUAAGAUAAGGAUUUUUUUGGCAGAAUGGAGCAAGACUUAAGCAAUACGUUCAAUGUACUGUCCUACACUCAUUUGUGCACAAUAGCCUCUAUUCUGCUUUGUUGCCCUCCGAAGAAAUAACUUUAUAACUUUAAUACGCCGCAGUAUCCCACAGAAAAUGCUAUGAAAACUUAAUUUUUUCAUGAAAAUAUUGGAUGCAAUAUAUUCGGUGCUUGAUCUAACAGUUUCUGGGUUUUGAUAUGAAGAUACUGUUUUUGUCACACAAUUGUUCAGGACUACUUGUCUGUUGUGCAUGAACAUGUCAUGUUUAAAAUGUGUUACUUUGUCCUACUACAAUAUUUUAAAGCAAGAGGAAUGUCUUCCUUUGGCAUCAACAACAGUAUGAGCAAAUAAAGAG